CGUGAUGCGUAGUGUUCAUGGCUGAAUCGACGAAAAUGGCGUGUUAUGCCCUCAUCGUAGCUCUUCUCUUUAUGUUCCGUACGGUUCUUGUCGUCAGUUCAUCCAGAGUAGUCGCCGGCAAGGCAUGCCGGAGCCAGCCGGCGCCGACGACCCUCCGCUCCGACCAGAUGACGGUGAUAAUCAGCGGCUACUCGGAGCACCGGAUCCCGCUGAUUCACUCCAUCGCCGCCGCGUAUUCGACUUCACCGUCAGUUUCCGCGGUGAUCCUCCUCUGGUGCAACCCUUCCACGUCACACCAAGUGCUCUCCGACCUCACAAAGAACCUCUCCGCCGCCGUCCUCCGCGCGCCGUCGGCCAGCUUGAAUCACAGGUUUUACCCCUGGAAUACUAUCCGGACUAAAGCAGUUCUCAUUUGCGACGACGACAUCGAACCCGACCCGAGCUCCGUCUCCUUCGCCUUCACUCUCUGGAGAUCCGAUCCGGAUCGGGUAAUCGGAUUCUUCGCGAGGUCGCACGCGUACGACAUCGCAUCGAAAACCUGGAUUUACACCAUGGAGAAGCAGAAGUAUUCCAUCAUCCUCACCAAGUUCAUGAUUCUAAACAGGAAGUACCUCGUGAACUACUCGUGCGACGAGCAGUACUCCAUGGCGAGGAAAAUCGUGGACGACGCGAAAAAUUGCGAAGAUAUUCUGAUGAAUUUCAUUGUGGCGGAGGAAACACAAUCAGGACCAUUGAUGGUAGGAGUGAAGGGCGGCGGCGGAGUUAGGGAUUACGGCGAUGCUAGAAACGACGGCGUAUCGUCGGAGGGAGUGAAGGAGGCAGGUUUGAGCAGUAGAUAUGGAGAACACAGGAAGAGGAGAGGGCAAUGUAUCAGAGAGUUUCAUAGGGUAUUGGGGAAGAUGCCAUUGAAGUAUAGCUAUGGGAAAAUGGUGGAUGAUGUAGGAGAACAGGGGCUGUGCCAGAAGGGUGGAAAGAUUGUGCUCUGUGAUCAACAAGAUUUUAGGCAGCAAUGACCAGGAAAAUCUCUACCUACAAAACUGGGAGGGCCAAAGAUGAAUCCCUUUUUCCUCAUCUAUGUGCAGAAAAAAAAAAAAAAAAAGGGGGAA